GAGAGGGGACGAGGACACGACCAAAGGAGAUCCCUGUGAGACAUUCUUUGACCAUCCCUCUCUUUCUUCCUCUCUGUCACCUCUUUCUUCCUCACUUUCUCCACCUCUCCCAAUGUGUUUUGGGUCUCUCUCUCUUCCUCCUCCUCCUCCUUCUUCUUCUUAAGCGUCUCUGCUCUGCUUGGACGGUGGCUGCAUCGAUGCAAAAUGGGUUGUGGCAAUUCCUCAGCCACCAGCACCUCAGGAGGGGGGCCAGCAGAAGCCUCCAAAGAUGUGACAGAAGAUCCCUCGGCAGAAGAUGAGAAACGGAGGAACUAUGGUGGUGUAUACGUAGGUCUACCAGCAGACCUGACCACUGUGGCUGCUAGUCAGUCCAAGUCUACACGUAAAGACUAGCAGCUACUGAAGGGAACACAACACAGGAUCCUGCAUAUUCAUUCACCUAGAGACACUCUCAUUACAAGCAGAGAGCAUGUAAGUGCUCUGAUUCUGGCUCACCACACACUGGCUAAAGUCUCAGGCUGUAAUACUUUCAUUCAGUGAGGAUGGGGACAGCUUGCCGGGGCUCAGAGGACACUGCCCCAUGGAGUCAUGGGAGGCACAGACACGCAGGGAUGCACAGUGGAGGUCUGCAUACGGCAUCCAUCAUCAUCACCCUUCAAUUUGCAAAAAAGAAGAUGGGCAUCGAAGCAGACAAGCACACACCGUGGCAGGACUGGCAGCUGUGGGCGGCAGCAGCGGGCAUUGUGACAGCCAUCUUGGCUUCUCGGUCAUGGCACUGGAACGUUCUCUCUUUCUUUCGCAGGAGGAGACAGGGAACCCAGCCAACUAACUCACUAACUAACUGUCUGGGACUCACACACAUUCCCAGUAGCCUUCUGCAAUAAUAAACACUGCUCAGUUAUUUCUCUAAAACGCCAUCAAUGAUUCAUUGUGUGUCGGAGACGGAGAGUUAGAGAGACAGAGAGAAAUCAGAGUUUCACAGGAAGCAGCAAACACAUUCCUGUUCAUGCGUCACAGGGCAUCUCACUGUUAUUUAAAAUAGCUUUGAUUUCAAUCAGGGACCUUCUGCUGCAACAGAAAUGUCUGAAAAUGACACUGAUUUUAAUUAUGGGCCUAAAUGCUAAUGACAGCAGUGAGUUAAGUCAAGGAUGUUUUAAUAGAUGCCCCUAAACCUAAUUGUCCUGGGUGCAUCAACCAGGCCAUACCUGUUGUUGUCACUUAACUUGUGCCCCAGACUGAUUAUGUAACAUCAGCAAAUGACUCAUGAUACUUGGAGGAUCUCUCUCGCUCUCUCUCUUUCUCUCUCUCUCUCUCUCUGUCUGCCUCUCUCUCAUGCUCUCUCUGCAGCAUGUUGUUUUUUUUUUUUUUCUUGAAGAGCUCUGGUUCAAGUGCUUGUGGGUAAUUCACACACCUCUUACAGUCUUUCUCAAGAUUUACAGAGAUAGAAUUGUCACACAGUUUGUUCAUAUCUCACCAUGUUUAUGUGAUCUCAUGUGUAACAGCAAAAAACAUGUCUUUGAAUUAUCUUCAGCUGCAAAAAAAUAAUGUACAAAGGAAACAUAGUAAGAAGAGAAGCAGAAAUGGUGGACUUGUUUUCCCUCCUUCUUUUAUUCUUACAAUUCAAUUCAUUGCUUUGUACCACAUGCACUGAUUUUAUUACCGACUAUUUUAUACAUUAUGUAUCAACCGUAAUUGUGAAUGUUGUUUUACUGUAUGUAAUCUUAAAAUGAUAAUGCUGGUUUAUUCUAUAUUUUUCUUAUUGUCAACAAAUCCCAAGGAAGGACUAAAACUAACAGUGUUUUUAAAACAAGGUCAUUACAAGGUCUAGACUUAAAAAGUCAAGAAUGAAUCCUUAAACUCAACGUGUUCCUCCAUCUGUCAAUACAACUCUAAUUUUUUCCUACUAAAGAGGUAAAUCUUUAAAAACAAGUCACAAAUAUAAAGUUUAUUUUUCAAAAGAAAAAGUAAGCUAAGUAAUUCCUAGAACGGCUGCAAAUUAAUACACAUUUGAUGCAUCAGUGAGCAUUUACAACAGCAGGACAGUGUAUGUAGGACUGAUAAUAACCUGUAGUACCCAGGUUCAUCAUAAUGAAGGAACAUCUCACCCAGUGUGAUGAUGGUGCUUGGUAAUGUGCUUUUAGUAGUUUUUGGACAAUAAAGGUCUGCAGCUCAGAGGAAUAAGCUAUACAUACAUUCUUUGGACACAGAGACAACACUUAAAGGAUCAGUUCAUUCCUGGUUAUGGAAAUUUAAUGGGAUUUGCAGACAACAUGAAGAACAUAUAAUAUCACCAGUCUCAUCCUUUAACGAAAAAAAAAUCACAUACACCACAGUGUCCGCAGAAAAAAACAAAAACAAAAGAAAAACAAAAAAAAAACCAAAAAAAAAAAAACCCAACCAGACA